GCGUCUACACGCUGCAAAGCCCCUUUAGGCAUAAUUACAAUGUCUGAGAAUCUUCUGUUUUACUUGUGGCGUUAGUGAAAACAUGAUACCAUUACGUGCAUCUGUGUACAUAUUUUGUCUUUGUGUUCUGCUUUGUUUUUCAAUCGAACGUAACCCAUGCUUACUCCACCGACGAACUCUGGUGUUUAACGUUAGUAGUGAUUUUAAAAAGUAGGGCGGUUGUAGUGUUCAUAUUUUACAUCAUGUGAGAAAUGUUAUGCUUUAUGUAGAAGGUCGUAUAUUUUAUAAAAAUUUCUGAUUGUGCCUACGUGAGUUUUAGAUAAGAUGGUAUUAACCAAGCAAAAGCAGGACUUGCUGAAACGCCUGCAGUGUGGACAAAUACGAAGUGUAAUAAAUGACGUACAGGGAUGUUUGGAAACUGAAAAUGAAGAUACAUUGGCUCUCUUCUUGCUUUGUGGGAUUUCCAAUGUAAUAACAGGAGGCAGUGUAGACUUAAGAGAAGGAGAUAUUUACCAUCUAUGUUACAUGUGCUGUGAGGCCCUAGAAGUUGAGAACCUUAAUGUGAACAAGUAUAAGUUUCUCUGCAGUUUAUAUCACAUAACCAAGUACUUUGUUAACCAGAAUAAUAUUGAUGCAGCUUUAAAGUUAAGCAGUUUCAUCUUACGGACAAGAUGUGAAGUGGAUGAAGAAACAAUCUGUAGUGUAUAUUACAACUGCCAUUAUAUCUUUCAUCGUGUAGUUGUUGCUAAGAAACAAGAAUACCUGGAAGGAAAGGCAGAUAUAUCAUUCAUUCUUAACAUCGUGAAGCAUUCAUUGAAGUUUCUAAAAUGCUGCAUUGGAGUUUACUUGCUACAUGUUCUGGACAGAGCUACACAAUUUGCUCAUGGUGUGAAACUGACAGAUGAUGAACAUCAUCUGCAAAUUGUCCAGUUACAGAUUGACAUUUUGGAGUUGACAUAUUGUGAAGAAUCUGAAAGAUGUGAAAAGAUAGGCUAUGACAACUUAUAUAAGUCAUACAUGUCUCUUCUUUCCUCCAUAUUGAAAAGUUUGUUUGAUGCAAAACAUCUUAUAGAGGCACAGGAAGUCAUAAGGAAAACUUUUAAGUGCAUUAGUAUAUGGAAUAAAAAUGAUCUGGUCAGUAAGAACUGUAGUGUGUUCCUUGAAGAUGUUCUCAGUUUAUUUCUUGAAAGACCUGAUGAUUUUGCAGAGAGGUUGGAAGCUUGCACCAGAGUUUUAAAAUGUUUGUUACGUGAAUAUAGGGGCUGUAAGAUCCUGGAUUUGACGUGUAUAACCUUAGUUCGUGUACUGCACAGUGUGAGCUCUUACUGGAUAGCACAAGAUGCUGAAGAUUGGAAUCGGCACAUGUGUCUUUAUGUCCAGAAAAGUUUCUUUCAGUUCAUAUUCUGCAUUUCAAAGCUGCUUUUGAGAAGCCAGUGUGUGAAAUGCACACUACCUUCUGGCAAGGAGUGUCCUGUUAAUAAUGAUACGGUAUCAUCAGUAAAUGUUCUUACCAUUGUGGUUAAUUGUGUCAUGUCAUCAGUUGGUAAAAAGUUAAAAGGAUUUACUAGCUUGUUACCUGAUGCAAUAACUGCUUUGAAUGAGGCUAUUGAAGGAAUAAAGACACUGAAACAAGCAAACUGCCCUGUAUGGAAAGAGACCUGGAAGAGAUGUGGGAUAAAGACCUAUAAUUUGGGUGUUCACUGUAAUUCAGCUGGAUUAAUGCUUGAAUCCAAGGAGUUUUUUUCAAAGUUUUGCCAGACAUGUAUUCAGUUUGGAGAGCAACCAGAAUCACCUGAGGCUAAGGAUGGAAUACUGGGCUUAGGGAUGCUGAAUUUGGUGCAGAUCUACAAAGAUCUGAAGAAUUACCAAGGAGCACUGAGGACUGCAGCUGUUGGUCUGAUUAUCUUACCUAACUUAAAGGACAAAUUUUUGCAACAGUGGGCAAAAAUUAAGAAUUAUGCAUCUGCUGAGAAGUAUAAAAAUAUUCAGACAUUGACAAUUUAUGAUAUUUUAAAGGAUGACAAGAAGAUAGAAAUAUUGUAUCCUAAUAUUGGCUUAGAAUCAGUUAAUUUUCCACAGUUAUUGAUUUGGGAGUUGGAAGCCUACAGUUUGUUGAUUUCUUCAAGUUGGCAAUGUAUUCAGGCUGCAUAUAACAAGUUGUGUUCGCUGUCACCGAACUGCUCUAUGCAAGUUGAAGGGCUGUUGGCAUACCUUCCUUCCCUUUGGAUCAGUGGCACUACUGAAGAAUUUUCAGAUGUGGUAUGCUCAGUAAAGAACAUCCUGGAAACACUGAAAAAAGAAAAUCAAAGUGUCGAAAUUGGAAAGGAACGGUACCUGUGUUUGCUUGGAAAUUUAUAUUACUGGCUUUUCCUUUGUCAGCUAAGAUUAAUGCGAUUAAAGCAAGAGGAAGAGGUUUUGAGCAGCAACAUAAUUCCAACCAAGUUUCAGUCCCAGCAGGAAGAUAACCAUGAUCCUCUGGAGACAUGUGAUGUAACACCAGCCUACAGGAAUCUCAACCUUGAAAAUGAGUCUCAGAUACUUGAAACCCUGAAUGAAGCCGUGGCCUGCUGGACCAGUGCACUUCAGAAUGGGUUCAUUGCUGCUUCUCAGGGUCCACUGUGUUACAUAGAGGUGGCAGCACACUUAUAUGACCUGUAUGGCUAUGUCGCUUGGAGUUUAAGGUCAUGGUGUCUGUAUUUUAAGUAUGCUGAGACUCUUGAUAACAAGGAAGCAAUGCUUCUUGGCCUGUGUCACAUAUUAGAAUGGUGCACCUGCGGUAGGACAGAAUGUAAGUUGCUGACCAGAGCUCAGGAUAUCACUUCAUUAUUGAAACUUGAAGAUGAUAAGGAGUUUGCUUCUCAGCUUCUGUUCCAUAAGUACUGGCUUUCCAGAGGUCGUCACUGUCUCAGGAAUAAGAAGUUUGUGGAGGUUGGAGAUUGUUUGGAGAAAUUGGUCGCAUUCACCAAACGAGAGAACAUUCAACAUUUUACACAGAGUAUACUUUAUGUCCAAACUGCACUCUUGAUUUGUCAGUGCAUGUGUGUACCAUAUCCAGACAUUGUAACAUGGCCAAGUAAAAGUGAUAGAGACGUCAUGAAUGAAGCAACUCGCACAUAUGGCAAUGCCAUGUCUCUUCUCAAGCAAGUCAAAAUGACACCAGCGGAGAAUGCGCAAGUGUUAUAUUUGAUGUUGGAAGUAUCCCAGUGGUUGGGACAGUUGUGUUUGGAAUUGUUCUGGCCACGUGAAGCUCGUUGCUUUAUGAAAGGAGACCUUAUUCUUUCUCAGAAGCUGGGGCUGGCUACUAGGACAGCACAAUUCCUGAAUUUACUGGCGCAAGUGGAUGUGAUGUGUUGUAAUGUGAAUGACUCCCAAGUUAAGCUUCAGGGCAUAGAAGGGUUGCUUCAGCUGGAGAGCAGGUUCCAACCUUAUGACAUUACUAGCAAGAAUCAUAAUACAGAUGAAAAUUCAGAACUCUCUUCUCAGUUAGAACGACUAACUCUUGAAAGAUCUGUAAGGAUAGCAGAAUUCAGGGAUAUUUCAAGACUGCCACUGCGCAACAGAAGUCCAUGUGCAUCGCCAAAUCUACGCAAGAUUACAUUUGUUCUUCCAAGCUUUGUAAGACAUGGUGCUGACUGCAAAUGUAAUAUGUGCAACACAUUUGCACUGCAAGCCCUUGCAAUGGGUGCUGUGUUUAUUCAGGCUGAGGUAUACAAAAUUCAGUCAGAAUUAAAAGAAGCGCUGGAGUUCUUUGAGGGCGGUCUGCAGCUGUACAAACAAUUGAUUUAUAAGCAACAUGAGUUGAUCAAGAAACUGAGCUGUAAGGUUCAUCAGCUUGUGCUGGGUCAGAGCGACUGCACCGAGUGUUUUGCACUUCUACUUCAUCCUUUAAAACUUGGUUACAUUCGAGUGACAAGAGGUUAUGCAGAUUUCAUAGCUGCAAGUGGCUCCUAUGUCCAAGCUCAGAAACUGAAUGCGGAGGCUUUACGGGAGGCAGAGAAUUUGAAGGUGUCACAUCUCCACCUUGUGGCUGAUUUAAUGGUCCAGUCAUUUUCUAUUCAACAAGCACAAGCUUAUUCAUUAGAGCCAAAGAGAUACAAAGAAGACUGCACAUCACACGUACAAGAAACUCCCAGACGAUUUGUUGAAACCAUCAAGACACCUUUAAAUACUAAUUCAUUGCCCCAUCAUGCACUCCUUCCUCUUUCUAUUAGUAAUGUCAAGAAUCAUCAUCGUUCACCCUAUAAAAUAAAGCUAAGGAAAUUGGUCUUACCUGAAACUAAGAAUGAUGAUUCACGGAAAGGAAAUAAACAAACAGUGAAUAGAAAAUCGAUUCAGGAAAAAAAAAAUUAUGCUCUGAAACAGGAGCAGUUGAAACCAUUGAUUGUCUAUGAGGAUUCUCCAAUCGUUGCAAAAACAAAGAAACCUCCUGUUAGCAAGUCAAGAGUGAAGCAAAAUUCAGUUCGAACAUUAAGGAGUAAAACGUCUCAGAAGGAGACAAGUACAAGACACAGAGUAUCAGAGUAUGAAUCUCUUAAUAAAGUGUGCCAAGCACUUGAAUUCACUAAUGACAGCCCUGUUAGAUUUUCCAAAAUUCAUCAGUCUUCCAUUAAGAACAGAAAAAAAGGAGAUUCCUCUGUCAAUAAUGUGAAAGGUGUGACUCCAAAUGUAACUAAUGAUGAAGGGAUUAAUUUGGCACAUCUUGGUUUGCAAGGAUUAGAUGUAUCCCUUAGUGACUCUGAUAAUGAAGUGUUUGGAAUCUCAGAGACUGUGCCUGCUUUAAAACAAACGGGAGCGUUAAACGGAAAAGCAAGUACAUCAGAAAUCUUCAGUGACGUGGAUGCACCUGUCCUGAAAGCUUCUAGACCAUUAAGAUCGUAUUCCAAACAGAACAGUAAAGCCCAGUUCACUGACAAGAAUAAAACAUCACAAGAGGCUGUGAGUGAAGAAGAAAGGAUAAACAGCAUGAAGGAUAUUUCCCCUGUGGAUAAUGAAAAAACUAUUGUAGCUAGGAAGCAACCAUGUACAUCAAAGAAAGGGGUAGAGAACAUAUUUCCUGAUUCUGCAUUGACUGUGAGAAAGACAAGAGGCAGAGGAAAAUCUUCUAGUAGAUAUGCAUCAUCAUCUGUUUCAAGUAAGAUUUCACUGAAGGGAAAUGUAAAUCAAGCUCUCAUAACAGACAUGGAAAACCUUGUUUUAGAUUCUGAAAACAAUAGUAAUGAUGCCAGAAAAAGUAGCACAAAAGGGAAAGGUUACAAAGGAACUAAGAAAGGGUCUCAAGUUCUCUUCACACCAUCAAGAAAAAAUUCUAAAAAAGAGCAUGAUUUAACAAUUGUGUCAUCAUCAUCUCUGGAUGAACUCUUUGAUACUUAUGAAAGACAAACAAAUAGACAGUCGAAGGAUAAAGGAUAUGAAUGUAAGAAAAAGGUGAUUGUAUCAUCUGCUUCUGAAGAUGAAACAUCAUCAAAAUUUGAAACAGGUAUCAGUAGUGAUGAAGAAGCAACUCUUUCAAGAAUUAAGGCAAAGAAUGUACUUUCAUCUACAAAGAAAAGGCGAUUACCUAUGAGACAUCACUUUCUUUUAAAUUGAUGUUCAAUCUAAUAUGCAUUCUAGUAAAAUAGUGCAUGUGACUUAGAAAACUUGUAGAGUUUCUUAUUGUAUAUUGUAGAGGAUUGCUUAUUUGUGACACUAAUUUUAUUUUAAAGUUCUUAAAUAAAGUAUUGCAAUACAAU